AUGUCGAACCCAAAAUAUCUCACCGGCGAUGCUGCCGCCGUCAAUGAGUUCAUCGACAAGUUUGAUGUCUUUUUGCUCGACUGUGAUGGUGUCUUGUGGUCCGGCGAUCAUGUGUAUGAUGGAAUUCCCGAGACCAUCGCCCUCCUGAGGUCAAAAGGAAAGAGGACCGUCUUCGUCACAAAUAACUCCACAAAGUCUCGCGAUGAGUACCUCAAGAAGCUCACCAACCUGGGCAUCCCCAGUGAGAAGGACGAUGUCUUUGGUUCCAGCUACUCUGCCGCCAUCUACAUCUCCCGCAUCCUGAAGCUCCCCGAGGGCAAGCACAAGGUCUUCAUCAUUGGCGAGGCCGGCAUCGAGAAGGAACUUGAGUCUGAAGGCAUUGCUCAUGUCGGCGGUACGGACGAGGCCUUUAGACGGGACAUCACCCCCCAGGACUUCAAGGGUAUUGCUGACGGCUCCCUGCUCGACCCUGAGGUUGGCGUUGUGCUGUGUGGUCUCGACUUUCACGUCAACUACCUCAAGCUCGCGCAUGCCAUGCACUAUGUCAAGCGAGGUGCCAUCUUCCUCGCCACCAACACAGACUCGACGCUGCCCAUGCACCAUGACUUCUUCCUCGGAGCUGGUUCAUGCCACUACCCCGUUGUUCACGCAACAGGACAGACGCCCCUGGCUCUAGGCAAGCCUAGCCAGGCCAUGAUUGACGCUGUCGAGGGCAAGUUCCAGCUCAACCGCGCCCGGACAUGCAUGGUUGGCGACAGGCUUAACACCGACAUCAAGUUCGGCAUUGAGGGAAAACUCGGUGGAACGCUGCACGUGUUGACUGGUGUGCACAAGAAGGCGGACUGGGAAAAGGAAGAUGCCAUUGCUGUUCCUUCCUUCUAUGCCGAUAAACUGAGCGACCUCUUGUUGUCGGCCGAGAAAAACUAG